AUGCUCCUGAUCGAACUCUUUGCAAACUGGACACGAGCUGCAGCAUUUGCUGCACUGGUGCUCGCUAUUGGUGUGUAUCGUUGGAUGCACUUUAAACAAUGCGACGAAAAAUUUCCUACCAUGGCCCCAACUGGCACCUUGAAAACAAUGGCAGCAUUGGCCUCAGGCGACAAUCCCUGGUUCAUCCUCAGGACUGCCCAGUCAAUAGGGGUGUCUGUCUUCCGUUUGCCUCUACAGUUUCUCUGGGGGCCGAUGUUUGUGGUGGUUGGUGAUGCCAAGCUGGCUCGAACUAUUCUUGCGGACAAGAGCACUGCCAAGCCUGAUUCAAUUGGCUCAUCCGACUACAUUACCAAUGGGGCUCGGUCCUUUGCCUCGGCAAAUGGGUCAUUCUGGCAUGUACGCCGCAAGGGGGUUUCUCCAGCCUUCUCCUCUAGCCAUGUUCAACGCAUGAAUGCAGUUGCUGUGGCCAAGUGUGAUAAAUGGAUUGAAGAAAGAUUGAAACCCCUCAUUGACGAGGGCAAGUCCUUUGAUGUGGGGAAUGAAAUGCUUGAUUUGCUUCUAGUUGCCAUUUGUGAAACCGCUUUUGAGUAUACAAUCUCUCCUAUGGAAGUCAAGAUGUUCAAGCAUGAAAUGGAAAUUGUAUUGCUUGAGUUUUUGUUCAAGGCACACUUCCAGCCUUGGCGAAAAGUCCUUGGAAGAUUGCUUCCAGCUCAUCGGCGUGCUAGGCUGGCGGCUAAACAGAUUCAAAACCUGAGCUUCAGGAUUAUCGAGGCCUACAAGAAGCUAGACAACCCUACCCAAGGGACCAUCAUCAACCUCGUCAUGUGCAACCAGGCAUACAAGAAUGACGCAGAGCGAGCUGCUGACAUCACCAUGAUGCUUUUUGUUGGCCAUGACACAACAGCAAACACAUUGGCCUUUACCCUGAAGGAACUUGCUCAAAACCCACGGCACCAGGAAGUGCUCAGGCGUUCUAUCCAUGAAGAUGACACACAGGCACCCCAUCAGCUUGAAAGUGUCCGCAACACUAUCCGUGAAUCCAUGCGCUUGCUCCCAGUGUCUGGGGCUGGAUCCUUGCGGGUUACCGGAAAGGACUUUGUAACCAAGGAAGGCAAGCUUAUCCCUGCUGGCAGCAUUACCAUAUUGUCCUAUUUCUCCAUGUUACACGACCCUUCUGUUUUUGGCAAGGAUUACAGCCAGUUCAAUCCUGCCCGUUGGGAGAAGGCUACACCGGAAAUGAAUCAAGCUUUCUUGCCCUUUGCAGCAGGACGCCAGAACUGUGUAGGCCAGUCCUUGGCAAAUGCUGAAUUAAAUUGCAUUCUCCCUCGCAUCAUUUCCCAAUUUGAGUUGACCGUUGAUGAGCCAGGUCAUUGUGACUGCUUCUUUUCCAUUAAGCCAGGUAAGUACUGCCACAACAUCAACACUGUAUCGGACUUGGCUUCAAGUGAGAGGUUCUAA